AUGGUUCGCAAAAAGUCAAUAUCGUCAAAAGUUAAGACGCGAAAAGAAGCGUACAAACGACGAGAAAAAGUUCGUUUAGAUAUUAAUCGUUCAUGGAGAAUAUUAAUUCUAACUGUAAAAGCUUUCAGAAAAUUUUUAAGUUUUAAACACACCAAUAAAGAUGUUCCAUGUGUGCGAAAGACAUUAAAUAUAUCAAAAGAUGAUUUAAUUCAUUCAAGCUGCGUCAAUUAUAGACAAAACACACAUGUACCUAUUACAUGUUAUAAUUCAUUACAAAUAAACGCACAUAGUGAUGAUCAAAAAAUUGUCAAAGAUAUUGUUAACAAAAUUGUAUCACGAGUUUGUCGUCGAGAUAACGAAAGAAAAAGGCAGUUAAAAAACAGAAAGGAAAAAAUUAAAUCAAGAAAUAAUGUUCAUAAUGAAAUAUCUACCUCAAAACUUAGUAGGCAAAGCUAUUGGUUGAAGAAAAAAACUUCUCAUAAUGCUUCAUUUCGUGUAAAUGAAUAUGAACGUUUAAAAAAAUGUUAUCACAAUAAAUAUCAGAACAAUAUUGAUUUUCGUAGCAAAGAAAAAACUCGAAGUAAUUUACAUAUUUUAACGAAAUAUCAUGCUGCUUCAAAUGUCCGUGAAAAAAUUAAAUCACAUUCAAAGAAAGAUAAUUUCCAAAAAUAUCAUAAUGAUAAAACUUUUCGUGAAAAAAUUAAAGCACAAUCAAAGGAUAAUAGUUUUUAUAAAUAUCAUAAUAAUACAACAUUUCGUAAUAAAAUCAAAACAAGAUCGAAGAUUCAUAUUUUGAAUAAAUAUCAUAAUAAUUCAGAAUUUCGUAAUGAAUAUAAAGCACGUUCAAAAAAACAAGUUUCGAGGAAGUAUAAAUUUGAUUCAAUGAUACGAUUGAAAACAAUUGAACGUGCAAUGAAUUGGUAUCAUAAAAAUAAUACAUUGACGAGACAAAAUUCAAGACGACUUUAUAAUCAACGUAGACGUAUUUUAAAAAAAUAUGCUGUUGUUCAAAGUCGUAAGUGUAUAAUAAAACAUAAAAAUUUAUACAUGAAUACUUUGAACAGAUUUCGACAAAUAACUCGAGAAGGACCUGAUUAUGUUUGUAUAUCAUGUCAAUUAACACUUUUUCGUAACCAAGUGAUACCAUUCGUUGAAGAGAAAUAUAUAAAACAAAACAUGUCAUAUGAAAUAAUAAAACAUAUGCAAUCUUACUUUAAGUGUUCAUCGUCAACAGAACAAACGUGGAUUUGUAAAUCAUGUUCAGACAAAAUAAAGAAACAACAAAUGCCUAGUCGAUCAUUGUUGAAUAAAUUGGAAGUGUGUGACAUUCCAUCUGAAUUAAAAAAAUUAAAUAAUCUUGAAAAACAUUUAAUUGCUUUACGAUUACCUUUUAUGAAAAUUGUAAAUUUAACAUCGGGCAAACUAUCAAGUAGAUUGGCACAAAAAGGUACUAAAGGACCACUUCAUUGUGUACCAUCAGAUGUAGAAGAUACUGUAACUACAUUGCCUCGUCCAGUUGAUAAAUCGAUGAUGGUUCGAUUACAAUUGAAACGUCGACUUAAGUAUAAAGCUGUGUGGGAAGAACAAUUAAUAAAUCCACAUGACGUCACAGAUGCUCUAUUCGUUUUAACUAAGAUGCAUCCAGGAUAUAAAAGUAUAAAGAUAAAUGAUAUUCAUGAAAAUUAUCUUACUUCUGAUCAAGAAAAAGAUUAUGAAAAUAAUAGUGAGUCAGUAAUUGAAUCAAUGGAUGUUGACACCAAUGAAGAAGAAAAUGUCAUUGAAGAAACAGAAGUAUCAAACGAAAAUCAUCUAAAAAGAUUAGCUUUGGGUGAUAUUAAUAAUACUAUUGACAGUGAUGAAGAAAUAUAUGAGGAUGAUAAAGACAUUCGUACUAAAUAUAAUAUUGGUACAGAUUCAUGUACUCAACCAUGUGAUUUUAACGAUUUUCUGCUGUUUGAUAAAGAACCAUGCGUAGUAGCACCAGCUGAAAAAAAUAAAUUAAGUUCAUUAUUAACAGAUAAAACAAUUGAAGCAUUAGCCUUUCCUCAUUUAUUUCCAGAUGGUCAAGGCUCAUAUGACGAAGAUCAAGAUAUGAGUAAAGAAGAUCGUGAUAUGCUUGAAAAAUGCUAUCAACGUUUUUUAAACAAAGAAUAUCAUCCAGAAGCAUUACAUCUUUUUGCUAGAAAUGCUCAGGUUGAUAUACAUAACGAGGAGAUGGUUAAAAAAAUUUGUACCAAUAUUCGAACAUUUUAUGAAGUUGAUAAGAAUGAUAAAGAAAUAAAUCAAAAUGAAUCUAAACAUACGAAAAGAAUAAAUAAACCACUACAACUUGCUAAACAUGCUAAAGUAAUGAUAACCAAAAAUAUUUGUGUCAAUGAUGGUUUAGCUAAUGGUGUGACAGGUCAUAUUGUAGAAUUUGUAGAAAAUAAUAAUGGAAACAUUUCUCAUAUAAUAAUCAGAUGUGAUUCACCUAAAGUUGGACGUCUUCAUCGAGUUACUUGUCCACAUUGUCAUGGACAAGACACAAUAUGUGUCAUACGAGAAAGUAACACUAUUGAUCAAUUAGACUAUAAUUCACAAUCAAAAAAAGGAACAAAACAAUUUCCUUUACGUCUAAGCUGGGCAAUGACUAUACACAAAGCUCAAGGAAUUACUGUUGAUCAAGUUGUUAUUAGUACGAAAGAUUUAUUCGGAAGUGGAAUGGGAUACACAGCAUUAUCACGUGUUCGUAAUUUAGAAGGAUUGUUUCUUAUUGAUUUACACGUCAACAAAUUCUACUGUAACGAAAAUGUUGACAAAGUUCUUUCUCAAAUGAAAAUAAUGAGAAAAAAACGAUUAAUAUAUCAACAAUCUCCACAAUUUUUAAAUAUAUUGUUUCACAACAUUGAAGGAUUAAAAAAUAAUUUUCAGGCGUUUUCUAAUUACCAUUUAUUACAUAAAACAGAUUUGAUUUGUCUAGCAGAAACAUGGUUGAAAGAUGAUAAUCGAUUGGAUCAUCUUCAAAUAAUUGGUUAUAAUUUUAUUCAUAAAACACGAGCAUGUUCAUUUGUAUCAAACCAUUCACUUCAUUCACAAAAAGGUGGUGGUGUUGCUAUAUAUUUUCGGGAAACUAUUCCUAUAAAAAAAAAUGAUUCAUAUGCACAUGAAAAUCUUGAAUGUAUUACUGUUGAAAUAGGAAAAAAUAAAAUAGUUAUUAUUGUAUGUUAUCGAUCACCACAACAGGAUAAAAAAGAAUUUAUUGUAAAUUUAAUUCAAUAUUUAAAAAAAAUUAACAUUGAUAAAAAUAUUCUUCUUAUUGGCGAUUUUAAUGAAGAUAGUCUUGAAAAUAAAUCAAAACCUAUUGAAACAAAUUUGCAAAAUUUAGGUUUUGUAAAUAUAUUUAAAGAUAUGUCUACGACAAAUAAUUUAACAAGCCUUGAUUGUAUUUAUUCUAAUUUUAUAUUAGAUCAAGUUCAAUAUCGAGAUGUAACAGGAAUAUUUUAUAGUUUUCAUGAUGCAUUAGUUUGUUCUAUUGAUAUAGAAAAUAUAGAUAAAGAAUCGAACAAAGAGAUUGAGUUCAAUAACGAUGAAAAGAUGGAUACAGAUACGUCUUUACAUAGUUCAUUGUCAUUCCUGGAAAUUUCUAAAAAAACAAAUAAAAGAAAAAAAAAUACAACAGUGAAAUCAAAUCAUAUGUUUAAAAAAGUAAAAGUUGCAUCAACUGUCAACAUUCAUAAUAAUGUUUUAAAAGAAAAACAAAGAUUAUUUCUUCGUAAUUAUCCUAAUAUAAAAAAAGGAAAUUGUUUAGAAAUAAAAAGACACCCAUUUACUUUUAAUGAUCAACUUUCUAUUAUAGGUUUAAAAAAAAUUAAUAUAAUAGCAGAUGGUAAUUGUUUCUUUCGUGCAAUUUCACAUCAACUUUAUAGACACGAAAAUAGUCAUUUAAAUAUCAGAUCUGAAACAAUAAACUAUUUAAUUCAAAAUAUGAACGAUUUUACACCAUUUAUUGAUGAAAUGUAUUCAACGAUAGAAAAUUACAUUCAACAAAUGAGUAAAGAUGGAACAUAUGCCGACCAUCUUGCACUUUCAUCUACAGCCGUUAUCAUCAAUAAAAAUAUAAUUAUUCAUGAACUCGAAAAAAAACCUCUACUUAUUCCUGGUUCUGAUUUUCUUGAAGAUCAAUUACAUCUCUUUUAUGAUCCAAAUAUUCCACAUUACGAUAGUGUUGUUUGUAUUGAUGGCAGUCCAGCCUUUCUUUCGUCUGAACAUAUAUUAUUUACUUAA